AUGGCGGUGCAACCGAAUCUCCUUAUCAGAACCAGCUGCUCCUCCGCCCGAAUUCACGACCCAAAACACUGUUCCCGACCGAGAACCUCUAUCUCUAAUGGCUCUCUCCGCAACACCUUCCUCUAUCUUGGUUUGGUCGUGGUGCUCUCUUCCAUCCUCGUCAUUUUCAUUGUCUUCUGCAUGGCCUCCAGCCCCUGCAACCCCAGCUUCUCCGUCGCCAUCGCCUGUUUCAACUUCUCCGGCUCUCGACCCUCCGCGAGAUGGGAUUUGAACAUAGUCGCUGGCAACCCGAACAGGUAUAACGGCAUCGAUUACAGGCAGGUCGGAGUUUACAUGGUCUACCAUGGAGAGGUUCAAGCGAAGACUAACCUACUCCCCUUUUACCACCAGAAGCUCAACACCACGACCAUCAGCACCCACUUGGCCAUGGAGCCGGGAUACGCCACCGAACCGGUGGCCGGACUGGUGGUUGCCGAUCAGAGUGCCGGAGAGGUUGAGUUCGAUGUCUGGAUAUCGGCGGUGGUGCAGUUCAAGACCUUCCGUGACGUGCAACGCCGGCGGUUCUUGUGGUUCCAGUGCAACUCUAUAAGGGUGUAUUGGCAAGAGGGUGCGGGCAAGAGGAGCUCAAGCCGGCCUAUCAAAUGUGACAAUGAACCACUGUGA